AUGAUUCCUGCCAUCUUGUCUAUCGAGGACUGCGCCGACUACUCCAAGACGGUGCAGCCCUUCCUCCCCCAGCUCUAUGCCCUGCCGCAGGUGCUCAUGAACAACGGCGCCAACCUCGCCGGCCUCAAAGACAUUUACCUCCAAACGAACCCGCUCGUCACCGGAUUUUCCUUUUCUGUCCUGCUUGGCGCCGUCUUCCUUGCCGUCUCGGAGCUCAAUCGCAACUACUCCCAGGUCGACCGCCUGUGGAGCAUCCUGCCCAACCUCUAUGUCAUUCACUUUGCCGUCUGGGCCCGUCUCGCUGGCCUGCCGUAUCAUCGCCUAGAUCUGGUAGCAAUCGCUACUACCGCUUGGAGUAUUCGCCUCACCUUCAAUUACUGGCGCAAGGGCGGUUACAACGUUGGCUCUGAGGACUACAGAUGGUGCAUCGUUAUGAAGCAUGUGUCCAAGCCCGUUUUCUUUCUCUUCAACGUCACCUUCAUCUCCUUUAUCCAGAGCGUUCUGCUCUUUGCUUUCUCUGCCGCCCCCACCUAUAACAUUCUUCUCAGCACGCGCUUCGAGCCCGAGAUCACCAAAGCCGACUGGAUGUACUUUUACAUCAUUCUGAGUCUCGUGCUGAGCGAAUGGAUCAGUGACGGCCAGCAGUGGGACUACCACCAGGCCAAGCACUCGUACCUCAAGACGGCCAAGGUUCCCAAGGGCUGGUUCCAGGAGGAGCUUGACCGUGGCUUCCUCACCAGCGGCAUGUGGGCCUACAGUAGACACCCCAACUUUCUCGCUGAGCAGGCCAUCUGGUUCGUCCUCUACCAGUGGAGCUGCUUCGCCACCAACACCCUCUACAGCUGGGCCGGCGCCGGCUCCUUGGCCCUGAUUGCCCUCUUCCAGGGGUCUACCUGGCUCACGGAGCUCAUAUCUUCUGGAAAAUACUCCGAGUAUACUCACUAUCAGAAGCAGGUGGGCAUGUUCAUACCCACAUCGUUCAAGGGCUACACGCCGCCCGCCCCCAAGACGCCCAAGGUUAUCCGCACGAGCGAACUCGCCAAGCAUCUGGAAGAGAAGGAGAAACAAAAGCAGUGA